AUUAAUAUAAUUUGUAAUUACAAAUGUUAUUUAUUUAUUUAUUAAAUUUUUUUCCUUUUUGUUCACUGGUCUUUGCCCAAAUUCCUCUCAGAAAAAGCCAAUUCUGCACAACAGUUGCCUUUCACGCUUCCAACCAUCUUCUUUAAUUCCAGCUUCCUCCCUUCUCUCUCUCUUCUUUCAAUUUAAUUACUUUAUCUUGGAAAUCAUAUGUUCUUUAAUACCAUCAUUACUUUUUCUCUUUCCUUUCUUCUUCACUCACUUUCUCUCACUCUCCUUCUUCCUUCCUUAUUUUCUCUGUUCUUUUUUUUUUUUUUUUUCCAGCCAUGUCACCGCCGGCCAGAACCAAAACAUGGAACGGCGGCCUCGAUAAGCAUUAUCCACCCCCACUUGCUACACACGAUGAAGUUAUUUCCGACCCCAUUGUUUUUUGGGACACUUUGCGCCGUUUCCAUUUUAUGAUGAACACAAAGUUCAUGAUUCCUGUGAUUGGAGGGAAGGAACUAGACUUGCAUGUUUUGUAUUCGGAAGUUACAAGAAGAGGAGGGCAUGAAAAAGUUGUUGCAGAGAAGAAAUGGAGAGAAGUUGGAAGUGUUUUUAAAUUUUCUCCUACAACUACAAGUGCUUCAUUUGUAUUGAGAAAACAUUAUCUAAGUCUUCUUUACCAUUACGAGCAAGUUUAUUUGUUCGGCCGGCAGGGCCCCAUUUGUGUCCCUCAAGCACCAUUUUCUUUUGGUAGCCCUACCAGUGAAAACGAAUUGGCUCUAGUGGAAUAUACUCCCAAAACUACGUCGUUUUCCCCUGGCCCUCCUUCUGAAGUUACCGGAACAAUUGAUGGCAAAUUCGACUGUGGUUAUCUUGUAACUGUGAAAUUGGGAUCUGAGGUUUUAAGAGGAGUUCUUUACCAUCCAGAGCAGCCACCUCCAUCGGAUCUCCGACCUCUAUCUACCAACGCCAUUGUACCGUAUACCGGCGGGAGACAUCGACAUUCGGGUCGACGGCACCGGAGGAGCCGGAGAAAGGGAGAUCCGAAUCAUCCGAAACCGAAUAGAAGUGGGUAUAAUUUCUUCUUUGCCGAGAAGCAUUAUAAGCUUAAAUCUCUGUAUCCAAACAGAGAGAGGGAGUUCACUAAGAUGAUCGGAGAGUCUUGGAAUAAUCUUAGCCCUGAAGAAAGGAUGGUUUAUCAGAACAUUGGGUUGAAAGAUAAGGAAAGAUACAGGAGAGAGUUGAAGGAGUACAAGGAGAAAAUGAGGAUGGGAACAGAUGUUGAUGGAGCUAACUAUUCAAAACAUGGAGACUAGUAGUAACAAAGGAGGAUGAGAAUUCAGCAGUCUAUUUUUAGGUUUUUUUUUGGGGAUCUGCUAAAUUUAAUAUGAUAUAUAGAUUUUGUAUCAUAUCAUAUCAUAUCAUAUUUAUAUCCUCCUAACUUUACUUGGCAAACCAUAGGUUCUCUCAUAUCUAUAGUGCUUGGCCACAAGAUUUUACAGUCACUUACAAAAGUUCACUCUUGGAACUGCCA